AUGGGUAGUGUAGGUUCAGGUAAAUCAAGUUUAUUACAUGCAUUACUUGGUGAUAUGGAAAAUUUCAAUGGUCGAGUUAAUGUUAAAGGUACUGUAGCUUAUGUACCACAACAACCAUGGAUAUUUAAUGCAACAUUACGUGAUAAUAUAUUAUUUCAUCAUUCAUAUGAACCAAUUAAAUAUCAACAAGUAUUACAUGCAUGUAAUUUAAUCCCAGAUCUUGAUUUAUUACCUAAUGGUGAUAUGACUGAAAUUGGUGAUAAAGGUAUUAAUUUAUCAGGUGGACAAAAACAACGUGUCAGCCUAGCUAGAGCAUGCUAUGCUGAUGCUGAUGUUUAUUUGUUAGAUGAUCCAUUAUCAGCUGUUGAUGCACAUGUUGGUUUACAUUUAUUGAAAUAUGUAUUAAGUCGUUCCAACGGUCUACUUGCUUCUAAACAUGCAUUCUUACUACACAUAGUCCAAAAGCUUUACCAUUCUCUGAUCGUGUUGGUCUAA